AUGGACCUCAGCGGUGCAGUUAGGAUUUUGUUAUCCGAUUGUAGUCUGGCCGAUAACAGUGAGGAGACGGUAGAAAGUCUACGACAGAAACAUCCUGCCCCGGGCCGCACGCUUAAUUUUCCCUCAGAACCGGAUGCCUCGAGUGAGUUCUUGGCUGUAGAGGUGUCAGAUAUCACGGAGGCCAUUGCGUCUUUUAACAAUGGUUCCGCAGCGGGUUUGGAUGGAAUACGCCCAGAACACCUGAAGGAGUUGACUUCUGUUGGGGCCGGUGAUAGUGGCGUUAAUCUUCUGGGGUCAAUUUGCAGCUUGGCUAAUUUUAUGUUGAAGGGUAUGGUCAACAGGGAAGUUUGUCCCUAUCUAUACGGUGCAUCUUUAUUCGCCCUGAAGAAAAAAGACGGGGGCAUCCGACCUAUUGCCGUUGGUAAUGUUAUCCGGCGUCUAGUGGCUAAACUGGGAUGUCGGGCGGUCAGGCAGGGGAUGUCGUCCUAUUUGCAGCCUCGGCAGUUGGGUUUCGGUGUUCCUUUGGGAUGUGAAGCUGCAAUCCAUGCCACUAGAUCUUUUGCAUUAUCCAGAGGCAAUUCGGAUGAUGUAAUUGUUAAGGUGGAUAUCCGCAACGCGUUCAAUACCGUUGAGCGGGACACGGUCUUGUCUAAGGUUCUAGAAAAAAUACCUUCUCUUUAUCCGUUUCUUCAUCAAUGCUAUUCGAGACCGAGUAAUUUAUUCUUUGGUGAUAGCUUGAUGGAGUCUCGGGUAGGAGUGCAGCAAGGAGAUCCUUUGGGACCACUUCUUUUUAGCUUGGCAAUUCAGGACGUGAUUGUCGCGCUUCGCUCUCCUCUUAACGUGUGGUAUUUGGACGACGGCACCAUCGGGGGUAGACCUGAAGUUGUGUCUGAGGACUUACGCUCACUAGCAGAGGGCUUCAGGAGAAUGGGUCUGGAAGUAAAUGCCCAAAAGUGUGAGUUAUACUCGUGCUCUGGUCAGGCAUCUCAGGAGAUUUUGUCACAGGUGGAAUCGGUAGUACCAGGCCUCAAGAUUUUGGACAGAAGUAAUUUCUUGCUUCUGGGUGCGCCAAUUUUUGCCGAAGGCAUUCCUGAGGUGCUUGCUUCUAAAAUGAGAGCUUUGCGAGCGACUAAAUGUCACUUAAGCCAACUUUCAGCCCACGUUGCGUUGACGAUACUACGUAGUUGUCUGUCCAUGCCCAGAAUGACGUACACCUUGCGGACGGCACCUGUGUGGUUAUACAGACAAGAAACCGCUGGGUAUGAUGCCAUUUUGAAAGAUUUGUCGGAGACUGUUCUGAACAUUGAAAUGACAUCUUCUCAGUGGUCCCAGGCAUCGUUACCUAUUAGACACGGUGGGUUGGGGAUCCGUCGUUUGCAGGACACCGAGCUGCCGGCAUUUCUGUCCUCAUCGUUUGGGGUGCUAGACCUCGUCACUCGCAUUUUAACUAUUCAUGGUGACGGGUUUAGUAUUCCCUUCGCAGAGGAGGCAUUGGAGUUGUGGCAGGCUCGUUGUCCUGGGAGCGAUCUCCCCGAGACACCGCAGUCUCAGCGGAGUUGGGAUGAGGUAUUAUGCAACAACGCAAUUGAUUCUUUAUUGAGCAGCCAAUCAGGUGUAGAACUUGCGCGUUUGCGAGCCGUUACCCAGCCUGAGUCAGGCAUAUGGCUUCAUGCCUUGCCUUCGCUGCAGUUGGGGACCCUCAUGGAUGACGACUCUCUGCGCGUGGCGGUUGCGUUGCGUCUGGGUUGCAACGUUUGUCAUCCUCAUCGUUGUGUUUGCGGCGCGCAGGUGGAUGCUAGAGGUCGGCAUGGGUUACAUUGCGUUCGUAGUGCGGGUAGACUUUCUCGACAUUGCUCUAUUAACGACAUUGUUAAGAGAGCACUCAUAGCCGCGAACAUCCCGAGUGUUUUGGAGCCACAGGGUCUUAGUAGGACAGAUGGUAAGCGCCCUGAUGGUCUCACAAUGAUUCCCUGGGAGAGGGGCCGCUGUCUGCUGUGGGACGCGACGUGCGUCUGCACGUUCGCCCCGUCUCACGUGGCUUCCACUUCACUGACUCCUGGCGCAGCUGCAGAAGAGGCUGCGAGAUUGAAGUGCCAAAAGUACGGUCCGCUUUUGAGCAGUUAUAUUUUUGCCCCACUUGCUCUGGAGACCACGGGUGUGUGGGGAGUACAGGGCAAGGCCUUUGUAAAGGAAAUAGGACGCCGCUUAAGGAACCGUGGUCUUGACUUCCGCUCUGGGGCAUAUCUCAUGCAGAGGAUCUCCUUGGCGGUUCAGCGUGGAAACGCUGCAAGCGUCUUGGGGACUUUUGGGUCGGAUAUGGCCCGAGUCGGAUUGGUAGUGUAG